AAUCCAAAUAGGAAAAAAUAAAUGGAAUCAUAAACUCAAUAUGUGGAUAACGUUUUGAGGCAAACAGAAAAAAUAGUUCAUCCAUUUUCACAGCAAUGGCUGCUGAUCUGCGCCUUCCUUCUCACACCUUCAGUAAAGCUUCAAUCUUCUCCUCUCCUCCGCGGCCCCCCUUGAAUUAUACAAAACCAAACAGUGCGCCAAGCUCUUCUGCAAAUCCCAAUUUCAGCAAGCUCAGAUUGAGGGCAGUGAAGGAGAAAUCAGAGGAUAUCAAGUCUCAGACAUCUGCAGAGGAAGUCGUCAAGAAAUAUGGUCUAGAAGCAGGUCUCUGGAAGAUAUUAAGUUCAAAAGAUGACAAAAACCAAGGAAACAAGUCAAAAGGGAAAGAAGCUAAGGAACUUUUGGCGAAAUAUGGAGGAGCCUACCUGGCUACCUCCAUCACUCUCUCCUUGAUAUCCUUUGGUCUCUGCUAUGCGUUGAUCAAUGCCGGAGUUGAUGUCCAAGCAUUGCUACAGAAGGUCGGGAUUUCAUCAAAUGAGACUGGGGAGAAAGUUGGGGCAUUCGCAUUGGCUUACGCUGCCCACAAGGCUGCAUCCCCAAUAAGAUUUCCACCUACUGUUGCUCUUACUCCCAUUGUUGCUGGCUGGAUUGAGGGAAUGAAAGUUGAUAAAGAGCAUAAGUGAUCUUAUUGAGUCUUGCAUAAUGUAAAUAUAUAACAUCUUGCGUUGUAUUUACUCCCAUUGUUAAUCGCCUAUAUUUAUGUAAUGGGCUAUGUUUACUAGCUUGUGUUGUAUCAUUCUUUUUUGCAUAUAUGUACUGUUCCUGUGUUAUGCCUUAACAUGCAUCUCCCAUGUCUACCGUUACUGAGAGGGCCAGAGGCAAAGAAAAAUAUAAACCAUGAAAGAAAUACACUUGGAUGCAAUAAAGAAAAUUAC